CUGUUGUAAAAGUAGGCAAAUAUCUAGAUGAAUUGAUGUAUCCCCUGGAAGACCUCUGCGUACCCCCAGGGGUAUGCGUACCUCUGGUGGAGAACCACUGUCCUAAGGCUCCAAUGCUGCAAACACUUGCACACCAGAGUAACUUUAUGCAAAUAAAUAACCCUGUUGAAUUUAAUAGGACUGCUGUCAUGCAUAACAUUUCUUUUGUUCUUAAAUGGUUGCAGACUUGAGUCCUUAAAAGACAAACCCAUAAGAAGGACAGCGGAAAGGGUGUAACGUUCAAACCACAUGGACAGAGUGUUGGCAGCCAGAAGUCAGAGCCUUGGAGGUAUUAUGAUGGCAGCAUCUUGGAAUUUCAUGAGAGUAGUUCAUUAUUCCAAAACUGUUUUGUCACAGGGAGUCCAGAUAGGAAGAAUCACCAGUUUUGGGCAUGCCUGGUCCAGGACUAUAACUUCAAGUUUUGCUGCCAAAACACCCUCAUCAAGUACAUUGGAACUGUUUGGUAAAGUGUACCCUCGAGAUGACUACAGCAAUGUCACAGAGAAAAUUCUCUCCAAGGUGGGAAAGAACUUGCACAACCAAAGGUACCAUCCUCUGUGGCUGAUCAAAGAGCGGAUAAAGGAUCAUUUUUACAAGCAGUAUAUAGGACGUUUUGGGACCCCACUCUUUUCUGUUUAUGAUGAUCUGUCUCCGGUGGUUACAGUGGAGCAGAACUUUGACAGAUUGCUUAUCCCACAAGACCACCCCAGCAGGAGGAAAGGGGAAAACUACUACAUGAACCAUACUCACAUGCUAAGAGCACACACGUCAGCUCACCAGUGGGACUUGAUGCACUCAGGGCUAGAUGCCUUUCUGGUUGUGGGAGAUGUCUACCGCCGUGAUACGAUUGAUAGCAGCCACUACCCAAUCUUUCACCAGAUGGAAGGAGUGCGGCUCUUCUCCAGUCAUGAGUUGUUCAGCAACAUCAAAGAUGGAGAAGGUUUACAGUUGCUUGAGCAAGGGCACCGCACAGCACACAAGCAGGAGACUCACACCAUGGAGGCAGUGCGGCUGGUGGAAUUCAAUCUAAAACAAGUGCUCACGAAGCUUGUGACUCAUCUCUUUGGUGAUGGACUGGAAAUUAGAUGGGUAGAUUGCUACUUCCCAUUUACUCACCCUUCCUUUGAGAUGGAGAUCAACUUCCAAGGAGAAUGGAUGGAGGUGCUGGGCUGCGGGGUCAUGGAGCAGCAGCUAGUUAACUCAGCUGGUGCUGAGGAGAAAAUUGGCUGGGCAUUUGGCCUGGGAUUAGAGAGGCUGUCCAUGAUCCUCUAUGAUAUCCCUGACAUUCGCCUGUUCUGGAGUGAAGAUGAACGCUUCCUGAAACAGUUUAGUGUGUCUCACAUUGAUCAAGAAGUGCAUUUUCAGUUUUUGGAGAGGUGGUUCUUGUCUUCACAAGUUUGAUGAGGGAUUGCUAAAGGAUUGCCAGGUAACUAGUUUCCCAAUUAAUAUACAUAUUUCUUUACUUAAAUGGCUUCUUAUAUUAGUAACCAGUUAUGACAUCAAAUGAACUUGCUAUAUUUGUACAUGAAGUAUUUCACUAUUUACAUAGCAAAAGUAUUAGGAGCUUUGCAUUUAAUUAACAUAUUUUCAAGUAUGCAUUUCAGAAAGGUGUUUGCCAUUUCAACAUUUAAGAAAUAAACAAAAGGUUUAAAACACUUCCAAUGACACAUAUUUAUCCUAGAGGCUUUUUCUGAAUAAGUUUUUAGAGUAAUUAUAAAAUUCAUUUUAAUUAUGAUAUUUCUAGACUUCUUUGUAUGGGCUUUCUUAUAUUUAUUACUUUGAUAACUCACCCUACAUUUCCUAGCCCACAAUCAGGUCUCUUCCUAAAACACAAAUUUUUAUAUGGUUCAUCUUCUUGAAAUAAGUAUUAUCUUUGUAUCAAGCCAGUAUCUUAUACACAGGAGACUUGUCCUGUACUUCGAUAACUCUGAUUUUCUUUUUGCUUUUUUGACUAAAUAGUUUCUAGAUUUAUAACUUACUGUUUGCAGUCUGUUUACAGUUUGUAAUUGCAGACUUAUAUCUACAUUCUAUACAAAGCACAAUAAUUAACACAUAUAUAUAUAUAUAUAUAAUAUAUAUAUCUUUCAAAACAUAGUAUAAAAGAAAAUAGUAUAGAAUGUUAAAGCAAAAUAGAAGUUAUAAAACUGCAUCCCAGAGUCUGUGUAUAUGACAUUGCACCCCAUAAUGCUUUAUGGAAAUAUGCUUAUGAGUGUAAAUAUGACAUAACCUGAAUAUAUUUUAUGCUACAUAUGCCAUGU